GCAUAUUGUACCUACAACUAAGAGAUAAGCAACCACUCAUAACAAAACAAACACAAGCUUAUUAGAAAGGGUUGUUUGAGUGUUGAGAGUGACACUUGAAAAUCAUUAAAAAGAGAAAAUGGGAGCUAAGAGGUCAUCUACUAACUCAUUUUACAACAUGUUCAAGUCAUGUUUUUCAAGUGGGAAUAGGUAUGAUGAGUAUUGGGAAGGUAGUGGAAGUGGAAGAAGGAUUUUUGCAAGUGAUGAAGACAGAGCACAUUGGGUUGCAGAGCCUGGCAUUGACAGAAAAGCUUCUGAUUUCAUUGCUAGAUACUAUGCCACACGAGUCACUGACUCUGAGCAAAAAUUUGCAUCUUGAAAUUGAAUUUCCACAUUGCUUCCAAUUCAUGCAAGUAGUUAUAAAUGCUUUGUGAAUAAUGAUAUUGUGAUCACUGUAUCAUUCAAACAAGUCAUUAACACUCUUAAUUUCUCUCUUUCUUUGUAUUCUUAUCAUAUCAUAUAUCAAUGUCACACCUAUCAGACUUAAUUUCUCUCUUUUUUCUCUCUCUUUACUUUUCAAAUAGAUUUGUGGUAUCCACAAAUCAAUUUUGUUUUCUGUGUUUUACUCAGAGCAUUUCUACUUUUUGGUUCUCACCAGUUGUACUCAUUAGUCAUUUGGUAGUAGUGAUAUGUGAUUGGGGGUGUAGAUC